AUGGACGAGCGGCUGCUCCGCGCCCUCGGGGGGCUCAGCCUGGGGCCCCAGCGGGGCCGCGGCGGCGGGAGGCUGGUGCUGCUGCGGGGGCUGCCGGGCGCCGGGAAGAGCACCCUGGCCAGACAACUGAAACGUGACUAUCCCAGUGCUGUAGUUCUUAGUACUGAUGACUUCUUCAUUGAAAAUGGUGUAUACAUGUUUGAGCCUGACUUCCUAGAGGAUGCACACUAGUGGAACCAAAAAAGAGCACGCAAAGCAAUGAAGAAUGGGAAAAGCCCGGUUAUUAUUGACAAUACCAACAUCCAUGCUUGGGAAAUGAAGCCGUAUGUGAUAAUGGCACGUGAAAAUAGAUAUGAAGUUACGUUCCAAGAACCAGAUACACCCUGGAAGUUCAAUGUUCAAGAACUGACAAGAAGAAAUAUUCAUCAUGUCCCUCGGGAAAAGAUACAACGGAUGAAAGAACAAUAUGAGCACAAUGUUACCUUCCACAGUGUUCUUCACUCUGAAAAACCAAGCAGAGAUGAGGGAAGCUACAGUGGACCAAAUGCAUCUUAUGGCAUGGAUACCCAUUCCAAUCCUCUUUCAGACUUCUCAAGGAGAAGACCUCACAGGACACGUACAGACAACAUGACAUUUAACUGAAGAGGUGAUUCUUUGGUGUGUUUUAAUUAUCAGGGUAUAAAAGUCUCUAGUUUUAAAUUUUUUCUAAACUGUUUGUGUUUUUCUACUACAUUUCUAAAUUACUUUUAUUUCUUACAAAUCUUUAAAUGGCAUUGGUCUGUGAUCUCACAGCUCUACAUGACCAAUCGCUGUCCCCAGUACAAACUGUACUCCCUCUCAUCUCUCUUCCACCAGGAAAAUCCAUCUAAGUAGGAACUGGGCUACAGGAGUAGGUCUGUACAGCUAAAACACAAGGCUGGCAAAUACACAAACUAACUCAUAAUGACUUAAGAAAGGAGGAAAAACCUGUUUUUGCUAAGGGGAGAAAUCAACUUCUUCAGCCACUGAAUGCUGAGAAGCCACUGACUGAUGGAUGAGUGGGAAAAGAAACUAUUCUGCUGUGGUUUUAUCCAUACUGUUAUAUUCUGAUGAUUAUGGCCUUGUCAAGAAGCCUUGUGAAACAUUUUUAAAACUCCACUUGUCAAUUUUUUUACAUAGGUGUGGAUUAUUAAGCAGUGCCUAUAGAACAGACAGUGGUGAGGUAUUUUGCAGGAGGAAAUGAAGACGGCUCCCAUUUGACAUUAGGAAAUAUGGGUAUAACUGUGAUUCAUCUAGCAAAUUAGCAGAGAAGUCCGAGAGGUAUAAUGUUGUCUCUAUGCAAAAGUCAAGCUGUCUUCAGGACACAAUAGAUGUACAAGAUAAAUUGCAUUUUCUACUCAAAAUGCAUUAAAGCUUUAAGCAUCAUCAUUAUGAACAAUUCUGAACUGGGGGCUCAGGGACUCUGGCUCUGCAGUAAUUCCAUGGAAUUUUACAGAACUACCAGCGAGCUCGUGUCAGCCCAUUAUAGUUCUCCAGUCCUGCACUUGAGCCAAGUGAACAGCACAGGACCCCUGAAGGGUUGCUGAGUGGGAGCUUGUGGUCUCAGUUCUGAAACAUCCUCCCUCCCUUGAACCAUGCCUGGUGGGAAGCAGCAGGGCAAAGGGCAACCUGACAAGCAGCUAUUUGAAAUGUGGAGGUGGCUGGUCCAGCAGGACUAUUUCCCUCUCCAAUGGAGAAACUCCAGUUCUGAGCUUAACCUGUUGAAAUGAAUGAGAACAAAAUAAUGAAUUCAAGCACUAUCUCAUCCCCAGCAGAAAGAUCUUGCGAUAAAAUCAAAGAAAGAUCUGAUUAUCUUUCAUGAUGUCGUGGCCUCAAGUGCUUCUUUAAGGAGUAGCUCAGAAACACUGACCAAAGAUUUAUCACUAAUACCUUUGUGUGGCAUUUUGCUGUAAAUCAAAUAAUCACAGCUGUUCUCUAAACCUUUUUUAGUGCUAUGUGGAAAGUGAGGAGGAAAGUACAAGAACAGACCCUAAUUACACAGAGCAACAUUUCAGAAUUAAAAUGUUCUGUACAGUAAAAAUAAGAGAACUAUUUUGUCCUGUUCUUCUGAUAGCCAAACAACUGCUCUAAUGCUGCAAAGGGAAACAAAACUGAUUGCUUUAGACUGAAACCAAGAUCCUGCUGUAAUUUAAGAACACGUCAGAAUCCAAACAAUGGC